ACAUUUUAUAUUUAAUUAUCACAGUUAUUAGGGGAUUGCUGAACUUCCUUGACUUUCCAUGUCGCCUAGUUUUAAGAAUGGUAGUUUUAGUUGGCAAACUGUCUAAGGAAACCUAUUCAAUUAAUUAGUGUCACCUAUAUGAUUGUGCAUUGAAUUUCUCAGGCAGACUAUGUGUGCUACACACACAGACACGCUGGCACACAAUUAAAAUGUGCAAUGUUUUUACAAAAGUAAUGUCUUUUUGUAUAUAAACAAAACAAUGGAAGUAAUUUGUAAUGACAGUCAGCGCGAUGAAGACCGGUCUUGCUGGUAGAGCAGGAUCAGAGAUCUGGCUACUUAGAUGGCUUGACGUUAGAUGGCUGCAUUCCCACGGGAUGCCCGCGGGACAUGCGGGUCCGGACAGAGAUCUGCGGCGCGGUCGGCAUUUUUCAUGCUGCGAAAGAGAGGUGUUCUGGUGUUCCAGAAUGAGGCGUCAUACAGCGGUGGUCGGCGGCAGGCGCUCACGGAGGAUGACGAGGACUGGAGGGCCUUCCUAGGGAACCCCCUGACCGCUGCCUCAAAGGCCAUGAUGCACAUCAACGGAGAUGAGGACAGUGCCAAUGCUCUCCUCUACAACUACUAUAAGGUGCCACAAGACAAGCGAACGACUGGACAGCCCAAAACAGAAGUUAUUGUGGGCGAUGCUGAUCCAAACAAAAUGAACUUUGUGGUGCCACUCCAAGAUUCUCCCCUGGCCAUGACAACUCUGAGGACCGUCCAUCGCAACACCGCGGCCCAGGGCAGCAGCCAACCCAGCCGGGGGGACAAAACCCAGGCUCUCUACCCAGCCUCAAACUCCAUAGUCUGCAUCUCCACCACCUCCAGCCCUCCCCCUUACUCCCUCAGCCCAGAGGGGACCCAGGCCCUGCACUCUUUCCCCGUUUGCACCCCCCCUGGUCCCCACAGUUCCCAGUCGGAUGGCAUGGCCUUCAGUCGCCAGCUCAACCUCAGCCAGUACAGCCCCAGAGCCCAGAGCCUCACUCCUGACUCCACCUACGCAAAGUCCUACAAGGACAGCUCCAAUGAGGUCUUCCCUCUCUCUGAGGAGGUUCAGCUACGUAUGACCUCCAUCCCUCCCGGUGGAUACCCUUACUACAGCUCCACAGCAAGUCAACACUUUGAGUACAUGCUGGAGGCUCCCCAUUCCCUCUGGACCAAGAGCAGCAGUGGCCAGAUGAGCUACCUGAACAAGGCCCAGUUCUACCCCAUCACCUUGAGAGAACUAGGGGGCACCCCGCUCCCACCUCAUCUCAGUGAAGAAGUCAGGAGUGUGGUGAUGCUUGUGUUUGGAGAGGAGAAGCUCACAGAGGAUCAGCUCAAAUACUGGAAGUACUGGCACAGCAGACAGCACACAGCCAAGCAGCGGUGCAUUGAUAUUGCUGACUAUAAAGAGCGAUUCAAUACGAUCGCCAAUAUUGAGGAGAUCGCCUACAAUGCCAUCUCUUUCACAUGGGACACGAAGGACGAGCCACGGGUGUUUGUGUCUGUGAACUGUCUAAGUACAGACUUCUCCCCUCAGAAGGGAGUGAGGGGCCUUCCUCUCAACCUUCAGAUUGACACCUACAGCUUUGGGAGCCAUGGUCACAAGCUAGUACACAGAGCCUACUGCAUGAUUAAGGUGUUCUGUGACAAAGGUGCCGAGAGGAAGAUCCGAGAUGAGGAAAGGAAGAAGCCUUGCAGGAAGGGAAAGAGACAGGAGACAACCGCAGCCUAUGUGGAAGACCCUCUGCAGCUGAAGCAUGUGGCCAUAACAUCGUUCAAAGCCAUGAGUGACAUGGACUCCCAGCCAGUUCUCUUCAUCCCAGAGGUCCACUUCCCCAGCACCCAGCACCACCAUGCAAGCCUAUCAAAUGACGGUGAGGAUAGCUUGGGGCAGAAGAGACUACUCCACUAUGAUGAGGACUUUGAGUUGGCUCCUCACAAGAAAGCAAGGCGGGACGGACCAGAGAAAGUGCUGCUUUAUGUCCGUAAGGAGACAGAGGAGGUGUUUGAUGCUCUGAUGCUGAAGACGCCCACUCUGGCAGGACUACUGGAGGCUGUAACCGAUAAAUACGAGCUGCCGCUUGAAAAAAUGGGGAAAGUCUACAAGAGGUGCAAAAAAGGGAUCUUAGUCCAUAUGGACGACAACAUCAUCAAGCAUUAUUCCAACGAGGAUGCCUUCCAGAUCAACAUGGAAGAGGUGGGGGGGGAAAUGCUGCUGACACUGACUGAGAUCUGAGCGCGGACAAGGGAGGUAUUCAUCAGGGCACAAAACCUUUUGCAACGGAAAAUGAAAAUGAGCAUUUCUUAUUUGGUCCUUUUUCUACCUAGUGAAUAUGAACACAACCCUGGCCAGGGGGAGUGGAGUCUGUUGUCAUGGGCCUCCGGGGGGAGACCCUUGGAGGUGGAACACAUGUUGACCCCGGCAGCUGAGGAGGGACACAACCGUUGGAUUAGUCACCUGUUUACACAACUGUAUCAGACGUCUACAAGGAAAACAAGAUAUUUUCAUGAGUUCUGCCUUUCUGCUGCGCCAGUGUCUAUGAGGCCAUUUCUGGUGUGGUUGGUUGCACAAAAUGGCUACCAUGCUCGCUGGCAAGAAAAAUACAUUUAAGUAUUUUCACAUAAAAUGUGACUGAUUGAUUGCUUCACAAGCAGAUGAUGGGAGUCACACUGUACGACUGGGGCUUUUUGGCAGUCACUGUAGCUAUGAUACAAGAUGAAACUAUGAUGAGGACCAUUUGGAAACAAUAUUGUGUAACGACCAAUGAUAUUUUCCUACUUUUUAGAUGUUUUUUUCAUGUGUAGUUUUUGAUCAACUACUUUUUGCUAUAUAUACAGACAAGACAGCAGCGAUGACUUCAGAAUGCCAGUUAACGUAUGAAAGUAUUAUGUAUUAUUUUGAAGUACAGUACCAGUCAAAGGUUUGGACACACCUACUCAUUCUAGGGUUUUUCUUUAUUUAUACUAUUUUCUACAUUGUGAAAUAAUAGUGAAGACAUCAAAACU